AUGACUAUUUACCGAGUCGGCGUCGGAAAUGCGAACGCCUCUCCAACCUCAGCACUACUCCUACAUAUCCUGCAGGAUAUAUCAGGCCGCGUGGCAACGAUCUGCUUCGCCCACCGUGUCGGCACAGCCCUCGAGCCAGAAUGCAAAACUUACCGCCUGGCAGCAGACGUCUUCAACGAUAUCGCCAUGAUCCUCGACUGUCUCUCGCCGGGCGUUCCUGCUGGUCCCGCGCGGGUCAUUGUUCUCAGCACAGCUGGUGUUCUCAGGGCUCUAUGCGGUGUCGCUGGAGGUAGUUCGAAGGCGAGCUUGAGUGCUCAUUUUGCUAGAUGGGGGAAUCUGGCUGAGCUUAAUGCCAAAGACUCAUCUCAGGAGACUGUUAUUUCUCUUUUCGGCAUGCUAGUCGGAUCGGUAGUAAUCUCCCACAUAACCAGCUUCACAACAACCUGGCUAAUCCUCCUCCUCCUCCUAUCCCUCCACCUAAGCAUGAACUACGCCGCCGUCCGCGCCGUACAAAUGACAAGUCUAAACCGGCAGCGCGCGAACAUCGUCUUCUCAGCCCUCCUAGACUCAGACAGGAGUCUAGCCCUAGCACUCGAUCUCGACGUCGGUCUCAGUCCUACGAAAACGACAUCUAGAAAAGAAUGGAAAUUCCUCACGCCAGCUCACGUAGCUAAACACGAGCGUAUCUUCCAUCGGGAUGGAGCGUUGCAGUGGACGCAGCACGCGCAUACAGCAAUAACGCACCAUCUAGGAUCUGCGCAGAUAGGCGUGUCCAUGUCGACUUUCCUAGCCGGUCCUGCUACCAAGCCUAGCUCCGGGUCACGAUUUGGCAGCAUGAUAUCGGCUUCUAUGUCAACUUUCCUAGGCUCGUUAUCCCGCUCGUCCCAACAACACCUCCCCCUCCAGCGCCUUUCAUCUGUCUUCGCAAAUGAAUCCUAUAUCCUCUUCCUCGUGCCGAGCACAGGAGAUAGUACAAAUGCAGAAUGGCAUGCUUCGAUCAUGCUGAAACGGGGGUGUACUGUUCGACACCAGUUGAAGGCGUGGGCUCAUGCGCUACUUGCUGCACGGGUUCUGGGUAGGAUGUCAAUGAGUUCUUCUGCUGAGGCGGUGCUUGUUGUUGUCGAGGGGACGCUUGGGUUGUUGAAUGCCGAUAGGCGCUUUGAAGGGUAUUUGGUUGGGUUGAGUGGUGUUGGGUGGGAUGUUGAUAUUGCGGCAUUGGAGACGAGGGGGGGACGGAGGGUUGAUGUUAAUGUUGGGUUUUGA